AUGUUGCUUGUCAAGGUGGCAAGUCUAAUUUUAACUAUUAUUUGUUCUCAAAGCCUUUGCUGUUUAAUGAUCUACCUACUUUAUUCAAUUUUUUGUUCAAAAAAAAUUAUAUUCAAGCCAAGCUUGUCCAUCUUCUAUUGCAGAUUCUUCAUUGAUGUGUUCCUCACGUUAAGUGUGUCAAUCAACAAGACCUACUUUCUGCUUAUUUCAAUAUCCAAUGAGUAUGCUGUGAAAAACCUAGCAUUCAUUUUAAUAUACCCAUUCUUAGUGUUUGACACAAUGCGAUACACUCUUGGUUUUCUGAUUACUUUUGACAGAUUCAUUGCUAUAUAUUUCCCUGUUUUUUAUCAGAUAAAUCGAAGAAAACUAUCCAUACACUCUAUUGUCCUUAUCCUAUUAUUGUCCGCCGCAUUCAAUCAAUACGUCCUUUUUGGAUAUUGUGCCAACUCUAUAGAUGUGCCAUUAAAUUGCGAUGUCUUCAAGUGCACUGUGAAUUCAUGUUAUUACAAUUACUAUCUGACUCAAGAACAGAUUGUUCAUUUUUCUAUUGGAACUAUGACGAUUUGUUUCUGUACUCGCUUAUUAAUCAGAUUUCUCACUGCCAAAUCUGAAGUCAGCAAGUUUCUGUCACAAGCGACACGAGUUGCACUUCUUGACUCUCUUACAGUUUUAGUAUUCUUCCUAGCUCCAUCUUUUGCUUACGCUCAUCUUCCUGCAACUGAUUUCGAAAUAUUUGGUCCUUUGUUAGCACUUUGCAAACGUGUCGGAUCACUGAUUGAAGCCGUCUUAAUUUGCAGACUUUUCCUGCGUGAUAAAAAUAUCGCUCCAAACAUUAUUUCCCCAAUGUCUUGA